AUGUCUAAGCUGGUACCACGUAUCAAGUUCAACGCUAAUACGCCAUGCAUUGAGCAUGUCGUCAACAAUGACGAUCAAUGUGGAGUGAUCUAUGGAUGCCAGCUCUUAUCUCAGCCCAACUCAUUACCUCCCAAUUUGAAGACAAUACUCUACGUUCAUAGCAUCGCGAUCAUACCUGGCGUUCUUCCACCGACCAUCACUAGGUUGUGGUUUGGUAGGCUAUACAACAUUCCAUUGCCACCUAACGUGCUACCAUCAUCACUAACAGAGCUCAAGAUGAGCGUAAAUUGGGACCAACCUUUGGAGCAAGGCACACUGCCACAGUCCAUCACUCUUCUGGAGUUUGGCCAAAAUUUCGAUCAAGUGCUGCUGCCCGGCGUUCUUCCAGAGUCUCUCCUAUCCCUGACCUUUGGAUCGUUCUUCCAACAGAUGCUCGCUCCUCGUGUACUUCCUUCAUCACUUACUUAUCUCGAGUUUGAUCAAUCGGAAUUGCCUACAUCGAUUAGUCCCCCUGAUGAGAUGUUCAUCGUUGCAGGAUCCUUGCCUCAAUCACUCCAGACGUUGAUCCUACCUGGAUGGUUUCAAUGUCUAACAAAGGACAUGGCACCAUCAUCACUCAAACGUCUACAAUAUGGAUUUUGUACUGGUGUUCCAGCUCAAGGGGAACUGCCAUCGAAUCUCGAGUACAUCAGCUUCAAGGGCCUUGGUGGACCCCUGAUGUCGGGGACGUGGCCCUCAUCAAUCCUCAAACUCAAACUUCCUUUGGACUAUUCGCUUAACAUUGUACCAGGCCAACUCCCUCCAUCGCUCACAAAGUUGACCUUACGCAGGAUUCGCAAACCCUCAGUAUCGGGAGCAUUUCCAGCGACAUGUAUCCGUAUCAAUAAUGUAGAAUUGUAG